GAGCCGGUGAUGCAGAACCUCUUUUGACUCAACAUUGCGACCCUACCGAAGAAACCCUCGCAAGCAACUGUGAGAAACGCAAGCCUCACCAUCCGUUCGCCUUUCUCGAUCCCAUUUGGUUGGAUAGCUUGAAGAUCACGACAAGUCCCUGCACAUCGGUAACGGAAUCUUUUUGCGUAAAUGUGCACCAUGAAAUCGACCUCGCAGGCAAGGUCUGGCUAGAGGUGGCGGUCUUUGAAACGCUGCACGUUUGGAAGAUCACACGAACCAUCCGAGCUGGCCCACCCCUCUCUCAGACCGAGACAGGUCCCCUGAUCGACAACUCGAUUGAAAGAUCCUCAAAAGGCAGAAUGCUUCUUUUAUUCUUUCUCAAUUCUUAUUUCUUGAACUUUUUGACGAUACCACACCUGCUACUCCCCCUUUUCUGCCAGCAUCAAAACGAACCAUGAUGCAGCCACUACCCUCACCGCGGUAUUAUACCGAUCUCCCCAACAACGACGACCACCACCACGAUGACGAAUUCGACGUUUCAUCCCAAAAUGCGCGCAGCGACAACUCCAGAGCCGCGCUCAUGAACGACGAUCAUGAGGAAAAGUCUUGGGCUAUUGAUACAGAGGGGCGACAACAUGCACAUGUUGGCACAUCAUGUCAAUGCCGGUCAAAUCAACCGAGAAAGAAGAGGAGAUGGAUGUGCAAGACUAUCAUGUCCAUCAGAUCACUUCUCGACACAGUCAUGCUGGUGGUGAUUCUGGUGUUGGUUGCUGAGAGGCGGUGGCCGGAAUAUUCCAUCCUGCCAGGGAAACAAAACAAUGAAGGGGCAAAGGGUGAAAUAGGGGGUGAUAUCACCGGGUUUGCGCCAUAUUUCUCUCAACAAAUAACAACCUUCCAACCCGACCCUCUUUUCGUCCCAGACAACAGCUCUGAUUUUUUCACCGAGGCCGUCAGGAAGAAGUGGCUGGGAAUCGUUCCUCGCGGACUCGGCUACGUGACCGUCAACAAAACCUCCUCCCGCGGCCAAGAUUCAUUUGACAAUCUCCCGCACCCCCUGAAAGAGUAUCCAUCGUCAACCUUCACCACCUCGGUAACCCAUCAGAUCCACUGCCUCCACACCAUUGCCGGGGUGGUAGCAGCCUACGAGUCCAACAGAUUGGACAUGCUUCCAGAGGAGGGAGCGUGGCAUUUGAAUCAUUGUUUUGAUUACCUGAGACAGAGCAUAAUGUGCUGCGGUGAUGUUGCACUAGAGGGGCAGCACACAACGUUUCCAGAGGACUUUACAGGGAGCGAUGGGUGGGAUGCGAAGCAUGUUUGUCGGGAUUAUGGGGAAGUUUUGGAGUACUUGGAGGCAAACAGGGCCGAUGACCAGGUUUGGAUAUGAACGAUCAGAGACUAGGGCUGCACGUUGGGGGAGAACUCGAGGGUGAGAUGCAUUAAUUGGAGGCGUUUGGGCUACUAGGAUGGGCUGGCUUUUGAUUUAACGGCGUUCGGGCACUACCAUGAUGAUGGCAAUGAAGACCAAAUCCAA